AUGGAGGAGCAAUACAUUUCCAAACUCCACCCGGUAGUGGAUUACGGAGCUGGGCUUUUUCUGCUGAUCAUAGCCAUCCUCACAAUCCUUGGAAAUUCAGCCGUCCUGGCUACAGCAAAAAUCCUGAAGUCCCCAGAGCUGCUUACAGUCAACUUGGCUGUAGCAGAUAUUGGAAUGGCAAUCAGCAUGUAUCCGCUGGCCAUUGCAUCCGCCUGGAACCACGCUUGGCUGGGGGGAGAUGCGUCCUGCAUAUAUUAUGCCCUGAUGGGUUUCCUUUUUGGCGUCUGCAGCAUGAUGACCCUGUGUGCCAUGGCUGUGAUUCGAUUCCUCGUUACCAAUUCAUCCAAGUCUAACAGUAACAAAAUCACCAGUAACACUGUUCGCAUCCUGAUUACUUUCAUCUGGCUCUACUCCUUGCUCUGGGCCAUUCUGCCCUUGGUGGGCUGGGGCUACUAUGGCCCUGAGCCAUUUGGCAUCUCUUGUACAAUAGCCUGGAGCAAAUUCCACAACUCCUCCAACGGCUUUUCGUUCAUCCUGAGUAUGUUCCUCCUGUGCACAGUUGCGCCUGCACUGACCAUCGUUGCCUGUUACUUGGGAAUUGCCUGGAAGGUUCAUAAAGCAUACCAGGAGAUCCAGAAUACUGACAGGAUCCCUAAUGCAGCUAAACUGGAGAAGAAGCUGACACUGAUGGCUGUGCUCAUCUCGGUCGGCUUCCUGAGCUCAUGGACACCGUAUGCAGCAGCCAGCUUCUGGUCCGUAUUCAACUCCAGCGAUUCCCUACAGCCCAUCGUUACGCUGCUGCCCUGCCUGUUUGCCAAAUCCUCGACGGCGUAUAACCCUUUCAUUUACUACAUCUUCAGCAAAACUUUCCGACGUGAAAUUAAACAGUUGCAGUGCUGCUGUGGCUGGCGAGCUCAUUUCUUCGGCACUGACAAUUCUGCUGAAAACCCUGUGUCGAUGAUGUGGAGUGGGAGGGACAAUGUACGUCUCUCUGCAGCUGCAAAGGUGGAGAACCAGGGAGCUGCAACUCGCUGAAACGCAGCGAUG